AUGGCGGGGGCUCUGGUUCAAUCUACCAGCUUUCCUUCAACGGUUGCUGGAGAUCGUAAGGUCCGUUCGAAGAGAUCUGGGAAUACAAAAGGAGAAAUCAAGAUGAUGUAUAGUGUACAAACUCCUCACAUGAGUGUAAGGUCUUUCUCUGGGUUGAGAGGAACCAAUGCUUUAGACAACUUGGUAAAAAGGGGUCAUGAUUUCCAUUCAAAGGUUGCAGCUGCCACCUCUGUUCGGAAAGCAAAGCCUUCUCGAAUUGUGCCAAAAGCCAUGUUUGAGCGCUUCACUGAGAAAGCUAUCAAAGUUAUUAUGCUUGCACAAGAGGAGGCUAGACGACUUGGACACAACUUUGUGGGAACUGAGCAGAUCUUAUUAGGUCUUAUUGGUGAGGGCACUGGCAUUGCAGCAAAGGUAAAUCCCAUUUACACCUCGUGCAAAGCGUGUUUUGGAGCUUUCAUUGGAGGAGGCGCGUCAACUUGGCAUAAUUAUAUUGGAUCCGAGCACUUGCUUCUUGGUUUGCUUCGUGAGGGUGAAGGAGUAGCAGCUCGUGUUCUUGAGAAUUUAGGUGCAGACCCGAAUAACAUUCGCACACAGGUUAUCAGAAUGGUUGGUGAGAGUGCAGAAGCUGUGGGUGCUGGAGUCGGUGGUGGGAGCUCCAACAACAAGAUGCCGACCCUUGAGGAAUAUGGCACCAACUUGACAAAACUAGCAGAGGAGGGUAAGUUGGAUCCUGUUGUGGGAAGACAACCACAAAUCGAAAGAGUUACACAAAUUUUGGGCAGGCGUACUAAAAACAAUCCCUGUCUUAUUGGAGAACCCGGUGUUGGGAAAACAGCUAUUGCAGAAGGCCUUGCUCAAAGAAUUGCAAAUGGUGAUGUUCCAGAAACAAUAGAGGGGAAGAAGGUGAUAACUCUAGACAUGGGUCUUCUUGUGGCUGGAACAAAGUAUCGUGGAGAGUUUGAGGAGAGAUUAAAGAAGUUAAUGGAGGAAAUUAAACAAAGUGAUGAAAUUAUUCUAUUUAUCGAUGAAGUUCAUACACUAAUUGGAGCUGGAGCAGCAGAGGGGGCUAUUGAUGCUGCUAACAUUUUGAAGCCUGCUCUUGCUAGAGGUGAAUUGCAGUGUAUUGGUGCAACAACACUUGAUGAAUACCGGAAGCAUAUUGAGAAGGACCCUGCACUGGAGAGACGAUUCCAGCCAGUAAAGGUACCGGAGCCAACAGUUGAUGAAACAAUUCAGAUCUUAAAGGGUCUUCGUGAGCGAUAUGAGAUCCACCAUAAGCUUCGCUACACCGAUGAAGCAUUAGUUGCUGCUGCACAGUUAUCAUAUCAGUACAUAAGUGAUCGUUUUCUUCCCGAUAAAGCAAUUGAUUUGGUCGAUGAAGCCGGGUCUCGUGUUCGUCUACGUCACGCACAACUCCCAGAGGAAGCCCGAGAGCUUGAGAAAGAGCUUAGACAGAUAACCAAAGAAAAGAAUGAAGCAGUUCGUGGCCAAGAUUUUGAGAAGGCUGGGGAGUUGCGUGAUAGAGAAAUGGAUCUCAAGACACAAAUAUCAGCACUCGUGGAUAAAAACAAAGAGAUGAGCAAAGCAGAAACCGAAGCAGGGGAGGAAGGCCCAAUUGUAACAGAGGUCGACAUUCAGCACAUCGUAUCUUCCUGGACCGGCAUCCCAGUGGACAAAGUCUCAACCGACGAAUCCGAACGCCUCCUCAAAAUGGAAGAAACCCUUCACAAAAGAAUCAUCGGUCAAGAUGAAGCAGUCGUAGCCAUAAGCCGAGCCAUCCGCCGAGCCCGUGUCGGUCUAAAAAACCCCAACCGCCCCAUCGCCAGUUUCAUCUUCUCCGGGCCCACCGGUGUCGGUAAAUCCGAACUCGCUAAAGCCUUAGCCGCAUACUACUUCGGCUCAGAAGAAGCCAUGAUUCGUCUCGACAUGAGUGAGUUCAUGGAGCGCCACACCGUCUCAAAACUCAUCGGUUCACCGCCCGGUUACGUUGGCUACACCGAAGGCGGUCAGUUAACCGAAGCAGUUCGCCGCCGCCCCUACACCGUUGUCCUCUUCGAUGAAAUUGAAAAAGCGCAUCCCGAUGUCUUCAACAUGAUGCUUCAGAUCCUCGAAGAUGGACGUUUGACCGAUAGCAAAGGCCGAACAGUUGACUUUAAAAACACGCUUUUGAUCAUGACUUCAAAUGUCGGGAGUAGUGUGAUUGAAAAGGGAGGUAGAAGAAUCGGGUUCGACCUUGACUAUGAUGAAAAGGAUAGCAGUUACAACAGAAUCAAAAGUUUGGUCACCGAGGAGCUAAAACAGUAUUUCCGACCCGAGUUUUUGAACAGGUUAGAUGAAAUGAUUGUUUUCAGGCAACUAACGAAGCUCGAAGUCAAGGAAAUUGCGGAUAUAAUGUUGAAGGAAGUUUUCGAGAGGCUAAAAGUUAAGGAAAUUGAGCUUCAGGUGACCGAAAGGUUUAGAGACAGGGUGGUUGAGGAAGGAUAUAAUCCGAGUUAUGGUGCGAGACCCUUAAGGAGAGCUAUCAUGAGGCUACUGGAAGACAGCAUGGCCGAGAAGAUGUUGGCACGGGAAAUCAAGGAAGGUGAUUCGGUGAUUGUGGAUGUUGAUUCCGAUGGUAAUGUGACGGUUCUUAAUGGCGGCACCGGGGCGGCUCCACCACCGGAGGCUUUGCCGGAGGCGAUUGGAGUGUAGAGUGUAGACUCUAGACUCCCCGGAGAUAUGUUGUUUGUUUGUGUAUUGUUAUAUGGUGUGAUUAAAUAUCUCACACGAUGAAUUUGCAUAUCCGUUGGUUGGAUCAGAUGUGAUACAGUUUUAGAUUAUAUUCAGAAUUUUUAUGUUGUUUUAGUAAUAAAAAGACGUGUUAAAGGAUUUGUAUCUUGAUUUUGUUUUGGUCCUACAAAUGCUUUGUACGAUGUAUAUAUAUGGUGUAGACCUU